AGUGACACCGACGUUGGGACUUCGUCACCCUGUGUAAAACACAUGCCAUCCUAUCCUUGCUCUCUCCUGUUUAGGGCGAAUUUUAAUUGAUCCGGGCAAACCGCGUCCGCCUCUGAGGUGGUUUCCCUCUGAAUUCAUAACAGCUGAGCUAUUCGAGCGACAAUUUGCCUUUUUAUUCCCAGGUACACAUUUUUUUUCCUCCUCCUCCAGAUAAACCAACGGAAUUCCAAAUAAAGCCGGAGUAAUUAUCCCUGCAUUGUUGUGGAGGCAGCUCGGAGGAGGGAAUGGAUGCGAGCGAGCGAGCAGAGGCGCACCGAGGCAGCUACCUGACAGACCCAGCUCCUCUGUGAUGCAGCUGUUUAUGCUUGGCUGUGAAAAAAGAAAAAACCCAAAACCUCCAGGACACCCCGACGAAAACGCUAACGAGCGAGAAAUCAGUGGCAAUUUGUUAUUCUACACGUGCUGGGAUUGCAUAUGAGGAGCAGUGAAAGCCAUGGUGCCAGUCUACUCUGUGCUUUACACAGAGGGAGAGAGAGAAUACACCACCGCUUUGAUUUUCUAAUUCAUUAUCCCGUUUUUUUGCUCGCCGAUGUGAUCUCUACUCCCUUCUUUCAUCGUGAUCUUUGAUUUUUUCUUUUUCUUUUGCAGAUCUAUCCGGUGCUUUUUUUGUUGUUGUUGUUAUUGUUGUUGUUGUUUUGAGGCUGGAAGCAAAACAUCAACUCGGUAAUAAUACAGAAGUGUGCGAGGAGAGGACAGUAUUGGCAUCUAUCCAUGCGCGCUCCAAUCCGGGUUAUUUAUUAUGGAACUGUGACCCCAGCUGAGGUACAUCACACGCUUUCUCCAUCUAUACUUUCUCCAAGUGUUUUCAUAUAACGACGGGGUAUUUUUUUAGGGGGCCACAUUUGGGGUAAAAUGUUCUGCAUGUCGGGCUAUUUUGCCGGCUUUCAGUGACGCAACAUCUCCCAUAGACUGCAUGAGAAAUACAUGCGUAGAAGGGCGUGAACUUGCAGACAGUACCCAUCCUUACCAUUAAGAAAGCAUCUACUUAUCUAUAAAGCCAGUUUGCAACCCACUACCCUUCAUUCAUCUAAACUCGUCCUGGGGACAUAAUGGAUCUCAAAGCGGACUCGGAGGACAUGGACUACAAGCAGCCGGCUCCCAUUGAAGUUUUCGCCAGCAGGUCCACGCUGCAUGGCAUCUCGCACAUGUUCACUUAUGAGCGGAUGUGUAUAAAGCGCAGCCUGUGGAUUUUGUUCUUCCUUGGCUCCGUUGGUGUUCUGGUGAUGGUGUGCGUGGACCGGGUGCAGUUCUACUUCCAGUACCCCCAUGUCACCAAGCUGGAUGAGGUUGCGGCUCCGCUGAUGAUAUUCCCCUCAGUCACCUUCUGCAACCUUAACUCCUUCCGCUUCAGCCGGGUGACGCGGAACGACCUAUACCAUGCUGGGGAGCUCCUUGCCUUGCUCAACAACAGGUAUGAAAUCCGGGACCCACACCUGGUGGAGGAAAGCAUCCUGCAGAUCCUGAAGGAAAGGGCAGACUUCGACAACUAUAAGCCCCGCCCCUUCAACAUGCGCGAAUUCUACGACCGAACAGGCCACGACAUCAAGGACAUGCUGCUCUCCUGCUACUACAGAGGCAUGGAGUGCAGUGCUGAAGACUUCAAAGUGAUAUUCACACGCUAUGGGAAGUGCUACACCUUUAAUUCAGGCCAAGAUGGACGACCCCUCCUGGUGACGAUGAAGGGUGGGAUGGGAAACGGCCUGGAGCUGAUGUUGGAUAUCCAACAGGAUGAAUACUUGCCUGUAUGGGGAGAGACCGACGAGACAUCAUUUGAAGCAGGGAUCAAAGUUCAGAUCCACACCCAGGAUGAGCCGCCGUUCAUAGACCAGCUGGGCUUUGGAGUGGCUCCGGGGUUUCAGACCUUUGUCUCCUGUCAGGAACAACGGCUGACAUACCUACCUCCACCGUGGGGUGACUGUAAGGCCACGCCGAUGGACUCAGACUUUUUUAACAGCUACAGCAUCACGGCCUGCCGGAUCGACUGUGAGACGCGAUACCUGGUGGAGAACUGCAACUGCAGGAUGGUCCACAUGCCCGGAGAUGCCCCAUACUGCACCCCGGAGCAGUACAAGGAGUGUGCGGAUCCUGCCCUGGACUUUCUUGUUGAGAGAGACAAUGACUACUGUGUGUGCGAGACACCAUGCAACAUGACGCGCUAUGGUAAAGAGAUGUCCUUUGUCAAGAUACCCAGCAAAGCAUCAGCCAAGUACCUUGCCAAGAAAUUCAACAAGACAGAGCAGUACAUAGCUGAUAACAUUCUGGUUCUGGAUAUCUACUUUGAGGCUCUAAACUACGAAACCAUUGAACAAAAGAAAGCCUACGAAUUGGCAGGCCUUCUGGGUGACAUUGGAGGUCAGAUGGGUCUCUUCAUCGGAGCCAGCAUCCUCACUGUUCUCGAACUCUUUGACUAUCUAUAUGAGGUGCUCAAGUACAAGUUCUGCCGAUGCGUGAAGAAGAAACACAAAGGCCGCAACAACAAUGACCGGGGAGCUGUGUUGAGCCUGGAUGAUGUGAAACGCCAUGCUCCUUGUGAGAACCUGCGUACGCCAUCAACAUAUCCAGGCAACAUGUUACCUCAUCAUCCGGGCCAGGCCAACUUUGAAGACUUCACUUGCUGAGCAGACCCGGGUGAAGCAUCAAAGUGCGUGUUAUGCAACCAAAGCCAACCAUACAACAAGACCUAUCCAACACGAGGAGCGUGAGGACCUGAUACAAAGUCUAACAGAGGCACUUUUUACAUAGAAACGGAGUAAAGCAGACAAAUCAAACACGACAAAUGCGAUGAAAGGAACUUUCACCCAAAGCAAAGUGGAGAGGAAAUCCCAAAAAUAAAAAUAUCUGUUAAUUUUCCAGAGAACAUUUCAUGCAGCAACUCAAAACUCUCUCUCUCUCUGUGUUUUCCUCUGGAAUACUGCCGCAAAGGAUGCUCAUGGAGAAACCUUGCCAACAUGGACCUCUCUUUCAAAAGACAAAAAAUAAAAAUGUAAAAAUAAACAAGGGGAAAUGUACAGUUAUCUCACCAUGGACAGCAGAUCAAAAAAAAAAAAAAAAAAAAGAGCCCCCAUGCCUUUAUAUAACACAUCAACACACGGUGGUUUCACACAACAGCGGCCUGCUAGGGGGACAAAUAUUCAUACUGCUUACUUCAUUGUACAUGUAGCAACAUCUGUAACUGUUGCAGCGCUCCAUAAAACAACAGCUGGACUCUGUGUCGUUUGUACGAGAAUGUAUCUGUGUUUCGCAGAGAGUGUAGUCGGGUGUGCAGGGAUUUCGGCGUUUGUGUUGGCAGUGGUAGUGGUAGAGGUGCAUCAUCUACCGUUUGAAAUGUACUGGUGAUGAUUUCAGGUCUCAUCAUGUAAAUGCAUGCUUGUAUCUGUCCACUGCAUGUUUUUCAUUUCAUUUAUAAUUUAGAUUUUUUUUCAUACAUAUAUAUAUAUUAUAUAUAUAUACAUACAUAUAUAUAUAUAUAAAUAUUACAAUUACCAAGUUUGCCUCAGUGAUAUACAGGAAAAGGAAGAUGAUACAUCCCAUGUAUUUCUGUUGUGUGUGUAGCUUUUCAAUGUGUGUGUGUGUGUGUGCAUGUGUGUGUGUGUGUGUGUGUGUUCAUGAUUGCCAACAUUAGUACCCAAGCAGGUACAGUGUGUGUUUGUUGAUUGUGCAAAUGAAUGAGCUGCACUUAAUAUAAUUUCUCAGAUGUUCUGGAUUUGUUUGUUUGUUUUUGUUUUUUUUAACAUGUGCCGGAUGAAGUGAGGAGUCUUCAUUGAACUUCAUCUACUAUUAUCUUGACUGCGUGAUGAGAUGAGGUGAAUUUUUAUUCCAGGAGAGCCAAUGUGUGUUUGUGGGGCUGUUAAUUCUUUCUGUAUCUGUGUUCUAGUUGCAAAAGUCUUAUCAAAGCACAAUACCGACAGUAUGUAGAGGUGAUGUAAAAGACAACGUAAUAUUCUUCUUGAUAUAUUAUCAUAUUAUUAAUAUCGUGUUGAUCCGACUGUUUUUUGGUUGUUUUUUUCCUUUUUCUUUCAUAUGAAACAAACUCGAUAUUGCCUGAUAAUCCUGUCUUCAUCUUACAGGUAAUAGGCUGGUCUAUUUAGAUAUCAAAUCAUAAAUAAAAUGUAAAUAUCAUUUUGGAAAUUGUUAUUCUUCUGAGCUUUUAUUCUUAUCAGUGAAUUUCCUUUCUGCAGCAUUUAUUUGUUUGUUUGUUUGUUGAAUAAGUAAACAGAGACAAAGCAAUGUAUUUUUCAACUCCAGAUAACGUUCAAAUGUUUAUUUCUAAUCACGAGUAGCUCAUAGAAUAUCUGCUCGCCAUCUAAGGCAUCAUGCUCUCUCAUAUUUUCUCUAAUGAACUUGUUACCUUGUGUUUUGCUUCAUACAAAAAAAAAAAAAAAAAAAGCAAAAGGUUUUAGUGAUCGGGAUCCAAAA